ACAACAUCUAAAGCUCAUCACACUUCUUUUGGCUUUCUCUCUUUAGACCUAUUCAUUGCUUUCAUAUCUCUCUAUUUUCAUAUCCCCAAAAAAAAGAAGCAAUGAUGACUUUCGUCGCAAACUUACUGAGCAAGAGUUUGGACCGUGCUUCCUCAGUGUAUGUUGAAGAUGUGGUGGAUAGUUCUCGAGUGGCAUAUGGUGAGAAUGGUGGUGAUGACGACGACAGUGGCUACGAUUAUGCUCCUGCUGCGUGAUUGUCUCCUAUUAGUAUAUAAGUGAAAUUUAGGAGGAAAAAAAGAGAGAAAGAGAUGACACGGUAAUUUAGAUAUCUAGCUAGCUAGACCAUGUGCAAACAUGGUGUCCUUAAAUGUAAUAGCAAAAUCUUCUCUUUCUCGUAGUUUUAACUAAAUAACAUUUUAUGUGUAUCCAUCGUAUUCAGUGAAUACUAUUCACUUUAUACGCAACGUUCACUAUUUUAGUCGACGCUAAGAAAGAUGAACAUAAAAUUUAAA